AAAGAGAAAAGGUCAGCACAGGAAUUUGGUGGUUCCUUGUUAUACGAAGAUGAACGUACGAGCUCUAGGGGACCUCCAGAUUGUGCACGGACCCCAAGAUUUCUUCUCCUCUGCAAGCUCCUAGGUGGCCGGGGGUUAGGAUGGAGGAGGCGGGGCGGAUGCCAGCGGUCCUUCCCCGCUCCCUCCGCAUCCCGGUCUGGAGGCCGGUAUGGCCGCACCCACCCUGGAGGAUGGCAUACCCUGUGGAUAUGCUGGAUAAUUGCAGUCAUGAGGAACUGGAAAACUCUGCUGAAGAUUACAUGUCAGAUUUAAGGUGCGGGGACCCUGAAAAUCCAGAGUGUUUUUCUCUUCUCAAUGUUACGAUUCCUAUUAGCCUAUCAAAUGUAGGCUUUGUACCUCUUUAUGGUGGAGAUCAGACUCAGAAAAUUCUUGCUCUUUUUGCACCUGAGGAUUCACUGACAGCUGUGGCACUGUACCUUGCUGAUCAGUGGUGGGCUAUUGAUGAUAUUGUGAAAACAUCUGCCCCUUCUAGAGAGGGGCUUAAGCAGGUGAGCACUCUUGGGGAGAGAGUGGUUCUGUAUGUUCUGAAUCGAAUUAUUUAUAGAAAACAGGAAAUGGAGAGAAAUGAAAUCCCAUUCCUGUGUCAUAGCAGUACUGAUUAUGCUAAGAUUCUGUGGAAGAAAGGAGAGGCCAUUGGGUUUUAUUCAGUUAAGCCUACAGGAAGCAUAUGUGCCUCAUUUCUUACCCAGAGUUACCAACUGCCAGUUCUUGAUACCAUGUUUCUAAGAAAGAAAUAUCGAGGUAAAGAUUUUGGGCUUCAAAUGCUGGAGGACUUUGUUGAUUCGUUUACAGAAGAUGCACUUGGCUUGCGGUAUCCACUGUCUUCUCUCAUGUACACAGCUUGCAAGCAGUAUUUUGAAAAGUAUCCAGGAGACCAUGAACUCCUUUGGGAAGUCGAAGGUGUUGGACACUGGUACCAGCGGAUACCAGUCACCAGAGCAUUACAGCGAGAAACACUUAAAAUUCCAGCAGUUUCUCAAAAUGAACCUAAGAGACCUGUGUCUGGAGAAUAUGCACCCACAUCAGUUGCAGAGUGCGAAGCAGGAGCUGGAGACAAUCAGGCUAGUGAGAGUCCUCUAACUAUUGAUUCUCUAAAAGAUGCCUUUGCAAGUACUUCUGAAGGUCUUGAUAAAACUCCAGUAGUUUCAACUCGUGCUCGCAGUAGUCAUCUAAAGCGGCCAAAGAUUGGAAAACGGUUUCUGGAUUCUGAAUUUAGUGGUUCUCAAGGUGAAGAUGAAAAGACUCCUCAGACUUCACCUACAGCUUCAAUCGACAAACUGGAGUCUACUGCACGCACAUCAGAGAGCUCAGAAGAAUUCUUAGAAGAAGAACCCGAACAGAGGGUGAUUGCAUUUGAGGAUGAAAGCAGUGAUAAAGACCCACAGGCAGCAUCAGAGUCCCAGCCCCACUUAGAGAAGCAAGAUGGCAAAAAGGAAUCUGAAUUAGAGCCUAUGAAUGGUGAGGUAAUGGAUGAUACUCUUAAGACCUCACUUAUAACUGAAGAGGAGGACUCCACUAGUGAAGUUUUAGAUGAAGAAUUAAAAUUGCAGUCUCUUAAUUCCAAUGAAGACUCUGCAAAUCUUGUUCCACUGGUGGUAGAAUCUUCAAAACCCCCUGAGGCUGAUGUACCAGAUAAGACGCCACAUAUAACUGACUCAGAAAUUUUGAUAGACGAAAUCCCAUCUAAUGAAAAGGGGCACCCUGAAGAGAAAUUGCCCCUCGUUUCAAGAAAGAAAGCACAUCUUGGGAGUUCAGACAAUGUUGCUACUAUCUCAAAUGAAGAACGAUCUGAUGCUGGUUUCCCAAACUCUGUGAUAGCUGAGUUUUCUGAAGAACCGGUCUCUGAGAAUUUAUCACCCAACACUACUUCUUCAUUGGAAGACCAGGUUGAGGAGGGGGUACUUGAACCCCAGGAAACAUCUACUCCUCUUCCUCAGAGUUCUUUGAUAGAGGUUGAACUUGAAGAUGUGCCAUUUUCACAGAAUGCAGGGCAGAAGAACCAGUCAGAGGAGCAGUCUGAAGCAUCUUCUGAGCAACUGGAUCAAUUUACCCAGUUGGCAGAAAAAGUUGUGGAUAGCAGCUCAGAGGAAAUAGAAGUGGAAGUGCCUGUGGUAGACAGGCGGAAUUUAAGAAGAAAGGCCAAAGGGCAUAAAGGACCUGGUAAGAAGAAAGCUAAGCUGACCUGAUUGAAGAAGAAAUGCAGAUGAGAAAUCCUCCUCUUUGUAACAUAUUGUUAUUUUUAAGAUACGGUAAUUAAUAAACAGCAUGGGACACAGGA